AGACAGCGUUGCCGAAGGAUUCGUGCAGGGUCUCGCAGGGGCAGCACAAGAACACAUGAGGAAGCAAUUAAACGAAUUCUCUUGCUUCCAUAAAUCCAUCCCUUCCCAUCACUCUCCUCCUGCUUCUUCUUCUUAAUCGAUCUUGGCCUCGUGUUUUCCGGCUCUCCGAUCGGAGUUCUCGAGGUUCUGCGAGGAAAAAAGCGAGCGGAAGUGAUCGAUUUUGCUGGAAAUUGAGGCGUCUCGUUUCAGGGUCUGACGAUAGUUCUGUUGUUGAUUUGGAGAACUAAGCAGGGCGCUUGGAGAAACUGGGAGGUUGGUGUUUGGUGCUCAGAGCAAAAAUAAGCUAAGCAGGCUUUUAAGUCUGAAGAAUUCCGGACUUGUUCGUCUUUGACGCUUCAGAUCUGCAAUAAUCAUCAAGAAUUUGCACCAAAGCAAUUUCAUUUCGGCUGCAUAGCGUUCGGUAUAUCCGGAAGAGGAGGCACUUUAAAUUCCAUCGGCUAUGGCGUUAAAGAUUGGUCCUUUCCAUUUCUGAGGACGUAGAAGAGGAACAGUUUUAUGGAGGAGCGUUUCUAGCGUUCCCCCUUUUACUGCAGUAAAAUUACCAAGGCCGUUGCCCCUGAUUGGCUUCAGAUCGAAGUAGGUGUUGCAUCUCCGCCGAAGUAAUCGAGGUUUAGGCUGAUUUUUUUGGGGUUUAUAGGGGAGGCGAGAUCGGAGCUGGAAUUAAUGCCCUGGUCAGUGUGCUUUUAUGAGGAUUUAUGUCGUCUUUAAGAAUGAAGGUUUGAAGGAAUAACAGACACACGCCAACUUCGUUUCUCCUCUACCUUAAAUUCCUUUCCUUUGUGAUCAAGUUUUAUGGUGAUGGGGUAGUGAAUCCAAAAUCAGUCGGUUAUUUUAUUUUCAUCAAUCUAAAGUUCUGAUUCUUCUCUGAUAAUUCUAUUGGAGGGAGGUUCCUUCGUGUUCUCAUGGCAGUGGCGCUUGCAAAUAGCUCACCCGGUUUCGGGACUUCUGGUGAUGCUUUGUAUAAGGAAUUAUGGCAUGCAUGUGCUGGGCCUUUGGUUACCUUACCUCGUGAAGGAGAACGUGUUUAUUACUUUCCUCAAGGUCACAUGGAACAGUUGGAAGCCUCGACAAACCAAGGGCUAGACCAUCAUGUGCCUGCAUUCAAUCUACCCUCAAAGAUCCUGUGUAAGGUGGUCAAUGUUGUUCUUCGAGCAGAAGAAGAUACAGAUGAAGUUUUUGCGCAGAUUACCCUUUUACCUGAAUCAAAUCCUGGUGAGGUCACUAGUCCAGACCCUCCUUUACCUGAGCCCGAAAGGCCGAAGGUUCACUCAUUUUGUAAGACGUUAACGGCCUCCGACACCAGUACCCAUGGAGGUUUCUCGGUUCUCAGAAGGCAUGCAGAAGAAUGUCUUCCUCCACUGGACAUGUCUCAAGAUCCUCCUUCUCAAGAACUCCUUGCAAAAGAUCUUCAUGGAAAUGACUGGAGAUUUCGUCACAUCUUUAGAGGUCAACCUAGGCGGCACCUACUUACAAGUGGUUGGAGUGUAUUUGUCAGCUCAAAGCGAUUGGCAGCCGGUGAUGCAUUUAUAUUUCUAAGAGGGGAAAGCGAUGAACUGCGUGUUGGUGUAAGAAGGCUCAAACGACAGCUAACUAACAUGCCAACGUCUGUCAUAUCCAGUCAUAGCAUGCAUCUUGGAGUUCUUGCUACCGCAUCCCACGCUAUCACUACAGGCACCCUUUUUUCUGUCUUCUACAGGCCACGAGCGAGCCAAGCUGAAUUUAUCAUAUGCCUAAACAAGUAUGUUGAGGCCAAAAACCAAAAGUUGUCUGUUGGGAUGAGGUUCAAAAUGAGAUUUGAGGGCGAUGAAGCUCCUGAAAGAAGAUUAAGCGGUACUAUUGUUGGUGUAAACGAGAAGACAUCUUCUCAAUGGGGAGAUUCAGAGUGGAGAUCAUUAAAGGUCCAAUGGGAUGAGCAAUUGUCGAUCACCCUACCGGGCAGAGUUUCUCCUUGGGAAUUGGAGCCGCUCGUUGCAGCUAUUCCUCCAAUCUCCCAACCAGUCCAGAGAGUCAAAAGGGCACGACCACCAGUUUCACUUAUUUCAUCGGUCUUAUCUUCUGGGCCCGGUGGAUGGAAAUCACCAUCCCAGACUGCCCAAAUGUUCUCUUUCUCAGCAUCACAAAGUGUUUUGGAGCUUCAUUCACCAUCUCAACCGAUUUCUCUGUUUGCAUCCCCAUCUAAUCCCAAUUCUGUUGGACUUCUUGAAACAAAAAAUUCUCCGUCAACUGUUACCAACAGCCGCAUGUGCUGGUCAGUCAGACCGGAAACUCAAAGUGAUGCCCUAUCUGCAAGCGGCAACAAGGAGUCGUGUGAUAGAAGGCAUGAAACUAGCAAAGGCUGCAGGAUAUUUGGUAUACAGCUAAAUGAAGGUUGUGGAAUAGAAGAAACAUCACCGGUUCCAACGAUUACACGGGUUGGACUGAUCAGGACAGAUCAGCCAAUGACAUAUUUGGAGGUAGUAGAUUCAGAGCGACAAUCGCAACAGUCUGCUGACAGAUCUGAUACGCCUGCAAUCACCAGUGAGCCAGAUAUGUCUUGUUUGAGGGAGAUGCAAACCCGGCAACCCAGGAGCUGCACCAAGGUUCACAUGCAAGGAAUGGCAGUUGGUAGGGCAGUCGACUUGACCAGAUUAUCUGGAUACGACAAGCUUUUGCAGAAAUUGGAGGCUAUGUUUAAUAUCGAAGGGGAGCUUACUAGUGCACUCAGAAAGUGGGAGGUCGUCUACACGGACGAUGAGGAUGACAUGAUGAUGGUCGGCGACGACCCCUGGGUGGAGUUCUGUAGCAUGGUGAGGAAGAUAUACAUCUACACAAGUGAAGAGGCCAAGAGACUCUCCCCCAAGAAGAAGUUUCCAGUGAUCGCUGGAGUCGUCAAACUUGGUUCCAAGAAAUCCUUACUCGAUGCUGAUGCGGAUCAGAACAACGUUGAGGAUGAGGACAUUGAAGGUGCUGCCUAGAAUUGCUGAGUUAUUCUCACUCGCUCAGUAGGAAGUUUACUCUCCCAACUGUUUUUGUUAGGAAGUUUGGCCGUUAGUGAUGGACCAACUUGGUCUGUUUUCUUGCAAUGCUUGCCGGUGGACUGACCGGUUGCCAUAUCGUCUCUGGACGAAUGUUGGCUCUUUUGGUGAUGGUUUCUAGUGAUGUUGUUGCUUUCUUCUUUCUGUUAGAGAUGCGGAGGCAAAAUGGCUAACCGCCUGAGCCAUGCUGGAUUAAGUGAAUUAGGAAUAGAGUGAUGAGCUCAAUCUAUUGCUUUGUUCCAAACCUUGAUCAAUGGAAUUCACUUUUCUAA